AUUCUUCUGAUUUUGGAAUUUGAUUUUUGGAUAGUUUCGCAGAUUGUUGACGAUAUUGUCAUUUAUAGAAAUAAGAAAUGAUAGUUUUCUUGGAGUUAUUGUGCAAGUGAUAAGUUGGUCUACCAAAGAAUUUUUGUGUGUUCAAGAAGGAAAAGGGGCUUUGUGUUUCUGAAACACAUUAAUGCCCAGGACAAUCAUGUUUGGUGAUAAACAUGCCGCCGCUGAAUCUUACUUUCCCAAGGACAUGAACUUUAAACUCAAGAUUUACUUUUUUAUGUUCCUAUGUUUGACGAAGUCUGUUUCUUCGAUAUGUUAUUUCCCUAUCGAAUUCCAAGGCACGUUCCUAACGCAAACACAAGCCAGCGCAGCAUUCGGGGGCCACACCGUAUCCUACAGCGAAAUCACGGUCGAAGUUGACUCCAUACCUCCCUGGGGGCGGUGUCAUAGGAGGCGGGGCAACAAUGUCAUUCUCAAAGAUACAACUGGAGGAGAAGACUGUAUAAGGUGCUUUCAUAUCACGCUAAAAUCGCUCAAUGUCAUACAAAUUCACACAGAAGGUCUCGCCAGGUGUUACACCAACGAGGAAGCGGCAAGAGCGACCUGCCCUGAUGAGAGAGCCGUUCUUGAAAGGCGGUUUAAGGAAAUAUUACUUUUCCGAAAACACGAACCGGGUUCUAUGAUGACUAUAGAAGACUUGUUCUGUCCCAUCAGCGGUCGCUUCCGAUUCACCUAUUCAGCCAAUCACGGAGAGUUCCAGUGUGGUGAGCCGCUGUCCGAGUUGAGCAACUGUCCCAAUGGCAACGGACUCAACGUGAAAUUCCGACAGUGUUCUUUCCCUGAUAUGUCCAUAAACUUUUUGUGCCUUGGAGAUUGGGCAGGACUCAAUGGCGACAGGUACAUAGCGUUGAUGGAUUUAAGAGAUGAACCUGAAGCACGACCCAAAUACAGAUGUGGGUUAUAUCGUAAAGACAUGAUAACAGGACGAGUUUAUGUAUCCCUUGCAUCAGAUUCAACGUGCACAAAUCAACUGACAUCUUCCACGAAUGGUUAUGAGUCUUUAAUUCUUAGUCCAUUACCAGAUCGCAGCCUUCCUGCACAAGUUGAAUCUGCUCGUUGUCGCUUCCCAGAAUGGUCUCAGGGACAAUGGGAACACCUUCAGGUGAAUGGCAACUCUUUCCAAUUUAAGGACCACACCCUGUUCCAGGCCAUCACGGCUCGAUGUAUCCUCAGAGAGAACACCACCCCCACAGACAAAUUCAUCGUUUAUACUGUUACUCAGUGCGGUGAAGAAAAUUACAACUGUAUUUGGUUGCAAAGACGAACAGCUAAUGUCAUGGAAUUUCAACUAGGUGUUCAACCAAGUAAACAUUAUGCAGAAAAUUUGUGCCAUGAUCAACAAUUUCCGUCAGAAUCGUGGAUAACGGAAGGCAGGCUGCACAAGAUUCAGAUGUCGCCUUGUCCAAUCAUGGGAGACUACACCGGAGAAGUUCCUGGGACUCAUGGUCUUUGCGCCAAAGUGUCUUCAGAUUGCAAUAACCCGGACAUUAUGUUCUAUACCGUCAGCAACUGCGAAGAGCGUGGACAUGUAUACGAAGAACGAGAAUAUCGUUGCCUUGGAAGUUGGGAAGAAGAUGGCGUUCUGUUCACUUACACCCAGAGAAGAGAUAUGGAUGGAUUCCAAUGCUUCAGCGGUAAAGUGCUGAGAAAUGGCGAGGAAGCUUUCAUCAAAGAGGCUGGAGACAGCUGCAUCCGAGGCGAAGAUCCGCUCAUUUACGGAAUGAAAAUCAGCAAACAAUCUUCUUGUCCGCAGCUUGCUCCAGCAAACUUCGUGCCUGUGCGACCACCGUGGAAACCCAUAACAUAUGCUCCAGCGCCACUGCCCACUGGGGCACCGGUGCCGCCAGUCCGCCCCUCGCCACCCAGGGACCCCUACUGGUACCGCACGGCAACGGAACAGCCCACUACCAAACCCUGGAAGCCUAUUACGGGCCGACCACGUCCAGAUCUCAACACAGCUAAUAUCAGGCCUCACCAAAGCGUUCUACUACAAAGUUCUUUAUUUAUUCUAUUAAUGUUUUUCAUCUUGUGGGAUCACUGAUAGGUAACGAAAGGGUUACACUUGAAUCCUGCCUCAUAUUGAGUUUAGCUGGACUAAAUUCAUUAAAGUGUCCUUACUCAUUUGGAUCACUCAUAGUCAUUUCCGCCAGAAUUGGCAAGGAACUUUCAGGGAUUUUUACAUGACACGUUUACAGUGACACUUGUAUAAACUAUGACUUUCCGCCUGUCCUGGAAGCGAUACUGUAAGCAGCAAUGUGAUCAAAGUAAC